ACAUCUCUACAGCCGUGCCGCUCAUUCAGACCUCCGUUUCUCAGCAGGAGUAAGCUGUCUAAUACACCACACAAGAUCCUAAAAAGGAGACACCAUGACCAAACCACCAACUCUAAAUGAACUGAAGCGACUGGAGAAGUCUGGAUUUGGAAAACUUUAUCCAAGACACGGACUCAAGCUGCUUUACUGGUUUGCUCAUGAAUGUCUGUAUUUUGAUGCCUACAAUAGGAUGUGCUGGCAGUACGAUCCAGAGGAAGGAGAUUUUGGUUUCCACCGAUUUGAAAACAGAAAUGACGAACAUGGUGAGACACUCCUGCCUGAUGUGAACCUUGAGUACUACGAGGUGGGCAAUCUGAGAAGAGCAGGAGCAGACGAGCUGCCAGAUUACGUUCUGGACGAUUAUAACCAAAACCGUGAUCACUCUGACAGCAACAUGGAUCGCAUCAUAGUCAGCGUUGAUGAUGAGUGUUUUGACAGAGUCUAUGUGACUCAGCACAGUGAUCGGACAGAUUUCAACAAGAAAGCCACCUACUGCAUCAGCAGGGGCCUCAUUAUGAUUAUCAGGCGGCUGACCUUAAAUAACUUUCUCUUAAAAACUGGGUAUUUGACACUCCGUAAGGACACUGAUCAGGGAACUGGGUAUUUGACACUGCGUAAGGACACUGAUCAGGGAACUGGGUAUUUGACACAGGGAAAGGACACUGAUCAGGGAACUGGGUAUUUGACACAGGGAAAGGACACUGAUCUGAAUACUGGGUAUGUGAGACUGGUAGAGGACUCUAAAUCUGAAAACCACUGCAGAUGUAUCAUACUUUAAACACUGGGCAU